AUGGAGUUUUCAAUCAAACGUCGAUGGUUAAAACGCAACUGUAUACUCUUUUUUGGUAUUUUAUUUAUUUUUGAAUUUAUUUAUGUGACAUUUUUAAAAACAUUUAAUUCCGAUUCAUUUGAUAUUCAACUGUUUAGUCUAACAGUAUCGAAAAAUAAUAAUAAAAAAUUCUUUAAUCAUAUUCAACCAUUCUAUCAUCCAGUGUCUUGUCAAAAUUUAUUUGAAAGCGAUCCAAAUGAAUUAAAGCAUGCACUUGCUCUCUUAUCCGGUUCAAAAUAUUUACCUUUAAUUGCUGAUAAUAAAUAUAAUAUAACAUUUGAACAAUGUCAUAUCUAUCGUUCAGAACGUUUUAAUGAAUCAUUUCAUGGUGAAGAUACUUCAAUUAAUCAACAAUUUCCAUUAGCAUUUAAUAUUCUUAUGCAUGAAAAAGUUGAACAAUUUGAACGCCUUUUACGUAUAAUAUAUCGUCCACAAAAUUAUUAUUGUAUUCAUGUUGAUAGUGAUGCAUCAAUCAGUGUAUAUGAAGGUGUAAAAUCUAUUGUACAAUGUUUUAAUAAUGUUGUUCUAUCGAGUAAACGCGAAAAAGUUAUCUAUGCAACAUUUUCAAGAUUACAAGCUGAUCUAAAUUGCAUGCAAGAUUUAAUUAAAUAUCCAUCAUGGAAAUAUUUAUUAAAUGUUGCAAACACAGAAUUACCAUUAAAAACAAAUAGUGAAUUAGUUCAAAUAUUAUCUAUUUAUCGUGGAUAUAAUGAUAUUGAAGGACGAUGGAAAACAAGAGAUAUGAUACGAACUGAAUAUGUUUGGAAGAUAAGUAAUACGACAGGUGCUUCAUAUCUAUCUCAUUUAAGACCAAUAAAUGAAAAAAAGAAGCCACCACCAGGUAAUGUUGAAAUUGUGAAAGGAUCUGCAUAUGGUGCUUUUUCUCGUGCAUUUGUUGAAUUUAUACAAACAAAUCCAGUAGCAAAAGAACUAUUAGAUUGGUCGCGUGAUACAUUUAGUCCCGAUGAACAUUAUUGGGCAACAUUGAAUUAUAAUAUACAUUUGCAUGCUCCUGGAGGUUAUCAAGCAAAAAGUGAUCCAACAGAAUGGACAGCUCGUUUUGUUAUUUGGGAUAGACAUAAAUGUCAUGGACAUGUAGUACAUGGUAUUUGUAUAUUUAGUACGGUUGAUUUACCAGUUCUAUCUAAUCGACAUGAAUUAUUUGCAAAUAAAUUUCAUUUAAAUGUUGAUCCAAUUGUUUAUCAAUGUUUAGAAGAACUUCUAAUCAACAGAUCUAAAAUUAAUUUACCGUUAAAAAAUGUCGCAUUUUAUCGUCGAAUGCCAUUUUUAUUACCAUCUUAA